UGUUUGUGGUGUUUGUCCGUCAGAUGUGGUGAGUGUUGCCAUUGAAUGGAUUGGAUUCAGUGAUUGACUCAAAUAUUAUUGUCUACCAAAUCGUGGGACUGAAGGCAUGGCCACCAACUCGGCUGCAGGUGUAGUGAUUCCCCGUAAUUUCCGUCUAUUGGAGGAGUUGGAGCAAGGUCAGAAGGGUGUGGGCGACGGCACCAUCUCAUGGGGUCUGGAGGACGACUCGGACAUGACUCUCUCGCACUGGACCGGAAUGAUCAUCGGUCCCCCACGCACGCCGUACGAGAAUCGGAUCUACAGUCUUAAGGUUGAGUGCGGACACAACUAUCCCGACGACCCGCCGGGCGUGCGCUUCAUCUCCAAGAUUAAGAUGACUGGCAUUAAUGAGGCGACAGGACUGGUGGAUCGGCGGACACUUCCGGUGCUCUCUCGUUGGCAAAGGAAUUACUCGAUUAAAACGGUGUUACAAGAGUUGAGACGCGCGAUGACUCUUAAAGAAAAUAUGAAAUUAAGUCAACCCCCAGAGGGGACCGCCUUUUAAUUGUAAUGUUUAAUAAGUAAUUUUAUAGUCAUCUCUUGUUUUAGACAUCAAACGAACGGAUAAUUAAUUGUAAUAUUAUAUUAAAUCCAUUCCUAUUUGAGACUCAAUUAUAUAUGAAAACACAAAAUAUAAACUCAAGAAAUUUAAUUGAUAUUCAAAUUAAUUGAUAAUAAGGCGAGAAAUUUGUGACAAAAAACUGAUAACAAAAAUAUCCGAUUCUAUAUUUUAAUUGUGAACU